ACACCUCGCAGACCUAGAACCCCUGGCACUGCUCAGUCCAACACAACCAACCUCAUUGACUUCACCCAGCAGAUCGAACGCUUUGCCGAUGCUUCCAGCCACCACAAUGUUCAGCAGACUCCUUCUCGUCGUUCUCCUCAAAAGUCUGCCACCGAGCCCAAUCUCCUCUCAUACUUGAACCAGCAACGCUCGCCAAACAAGGGUGCAAGAAUGAGCACUCCAGCAAAGUCUACUAGCCUGCUCAAUCUGCUCGACUUUGAGCUACCUCCCGCACCCACUCCUCGCUCUAUCCCUACCAUCACCGUCCGCGAACUCGAAUCCAUGAAGUCACAAUAUCAAUCUCAAAUCUCAUCCCUCAAGGCCACUCUCUCUGGCAGAGAAGCUGAAGUCGACUCGUUGAAGAAGGCUGUAGGAGAUGCUGAAAGACGUGUCGGCGAGGCCCUCGAGAACCUCCGUGAAGAGAAGGGUCAGCGCGAGCAAAUCGAGCAUGAGAAGAAUCAGUGGGAGCAGCGUGGUGUUGAAUUCGAGCAGCUGCUCCAGAACGUCAAGCAGGAGGUCAUGCGCAGUGACGAAGAGAAGGAAAUAUUGAUCCGCCGUGCAGAAGAGGCCGAACGCUUGACCGAGAAACAACAAAACCGCGCAGACGAGGCAGAGUCCAAGAUCCUCGACCUAGAAGCGCAACUUGCAACUGCUCGUGCUGCCAUUCCCAAGAACGACGGAUCAGGCAACACAAUCGACGAAGCCCAAAUCCAACACCUCGUCCAACAACAAAUCGAUGCAAAGGUCGAAGCCGUAUCUCGCGAACUCCACGCUGUCUACAAGAAGAAGCACGAAACCAAGGUCGCAACACUCAAGAAAUCCUACGAAGCACGCGGCGAGAAAAAAUGCGCAGAACUGCAAACCCGACUGGACGAGCUGCUCAAACAAAACGAAGAACUCACAGCCGCAGCAAGCAACAACAUCGAGUCCUCCAUGAUGUUCACAGCCGACGACCGCAGAGUAAUGGAAGAAGCAAACUCGACCAUCGAGGAACAACGCGCGCACCUCGCCAACCUCGACCGUCAACUCCAAGUCAUGCGCACCGAACACUCCUCACUAAUCGCCGAACUCGAAAAAGAGCGCAUCGAAAAAGGUGAACUUGUUGCUGCGGUUGACGAAAUGCUGCUACUACAAAGCUCAGCUCCUGAAGGCAAUACUGCAGCUAUUGAGGACUUUAGACGUAGUAUCAGCCGUCCUGCUCCUCCACCUCACGCUAGCAUUCCUGCCUUUAGAGAACAAGCUGCUCCUGUUGGUCCUGGCUCUGCACAAAGUAGGAUUGGAAGGGGUGUACCUAGACCUUCGGGGAUUGCGUCCAAGAGCAAGAUGAUGAGCAACAUUGAAAGAAUGGGAGGGGCGCCCAAGCAUUGA